UCGGAUCAAUGAUCGUUUAUAACACCCAGCUGCUCAGUCUAUUGCUGUAUAGAUCGCAGAAAGGAGUGGUGCUUGCUACUUGGCUGUGAUCUGCUAUGGAGGGCAAAGUGAACCAACCCAUGAUCGAGCGAGAACUUGACCGUUUCCGAGGGCCACAGGGCAGCGAUGAUGUCCCCUCGACCGUGGUGACCAUUGGAACCGGUACUCCGCCGAUCAGUGACCACGUUCUCUGGUCUCUUUUCAACUUCGUUCACUGUAACUUCUGUUGCCUUGGCUUUCUGGCUUUGGUCUUUUCAGUUAAGUCUAGAGAUCGUAAAGCUGUGGGAGAUGUAGCUACAGCUGAACACUACAGCUCAACAUCCAAAUCGCUGAAUAUAGCCACAACAUCUCUGUCCAUCCUUACUUUUGUGAUUUUGUUUGGACUGCUGGUUGCUGGUGUGAUCCAGAUUCCCCGUUACUGAGGACCAAACUCUCAUCAAGGAUGAACAUUACAAAUCACUGAUGUAUAACAAAUGAUUGAUCUUUUUCUGUCACUGGUGUUUGAAGUAUUUUUUAACAGACCUCUCAUUCAUUCUGUAAUGAAUACUUUGAAAUAUUAUACAAUAAACUUUGUGGCAAGCUA